AUGAAGCUCCUAAAGUGUCUGAUAUUCCUCCUCAGUGUAUUGUUCACUCUAUCCCAUUCCAAGAUAUCCAGUGAUUUAGUGCAGAAAUACCUAAUUUCAGUGAGAAAUGUGAAAUCUGUGGUUAUGAUGCUGUGCAGCAGAAAAGAUUUGGGCAGACUAUUCAAUGAUAACAGCAUCUACUUGACAAAUUACUACAUUGGAAAUGAGAUAUUGAACCUCAGUAAUUUCUUCUCGAGAUACUUUAUUGCUUCUUGUGGCAUUGUCGUGGACUGUGAGUGUCCAGGAGUUGAGGAAGUCCUACAGAAUGCCUCAAAUUAUAGGUAUUUCAAUCUCACAUACAAUUGGCUACUCUUUGGCUCUGAUGGAGAUACUUGGGAGCAGUUUUUGGAUCCAAUUUUCAACAUUGAAUUCUCCUCGGAUCUCGUUUUUGUCCAGCACCAGGAGAAUUCCUCAAAAGUGGAUCUUGUGGAUGUCUAUAGCCUCGGGAGGCAUAGAGGAAGUUCACUUAUUGGUAUUAAAUUCGCAGAGUUUGAUUUCCUACCUACGUACGCUUUGAUCAACUACGCCAUCCCCUUUAUCAAAUCCGGAGAUUGGGCCUUCCACUGCGAACUCACAGAAGCUUAUACAGAAAUCGCAAAACACUUUGAUGCUUCUGAAAUCUGCGAUCUCAGAAUUGUUACAGGACUCAUGGUCACAGAGUACGUUGAAGUCAUUCUGCCUAAGCUCAGCCAGUACCGAGAAAUGAUGAAGAUUGCCUUUAUGAGACUCCAGGAAGUGGGACUCGUUAAGAGAGCUCUGACUAUUUACAGGAAAGAAAAGCCUGAAUGCAUAUCCGGAAUAACUGUCUUUGCUAUCGAUAGGGAUAACGUAACAUCGGCUGAUGUGGACUACUUGAUGAAACUUCCUGGAAAAACUCUUGGAAUCACGACUUUUGUCAAAUAUCAGAGUCACUUGAACUACUAUCUGCAAGAAAUGUACAAUUACACGAUGAAAUAUCGGGUGACCAGAGCCUGGGCAGGACAUCUGCCUUCUGGUUAUCGGUUGGGCCUCCUGGGAGUCAUGGCACGUGGUGAAGCUGACAUCUCCAUGAGUGCAGUCUUCACAUAUAUCAAUCGUUUCGAUGAGUAUGACUUCUUACACCGGAGUUAUAUGUUCGAAGUGGGCUUUGUCUUUCGCGUAGGCUCACAUUCUAGCGCAACAGAUGCAUCCUUGCUGGCUCCUUUUGAGAACGACGUGUGGAUUUCCUUGAUAGUAACGGUCUUCAUCGUUGUGAUUAUCGGUUUUAUAGUAAGGAUCACUUUUGUGAUCAACAAGCAUCCGUUUUCGGGAUCGACAGCCAAAGAUUUUGUGGACAUUUUUGCAGCUCUGUGUCAGCAAGGGGUUGACCCUAUCCCAGAAAAUACUGUUCAAAAAAUUAUCAUCUUCAUGACGCUCUUUCUGGCGUUUUUCCUCUACAACUACUACACAUCUUCUGUGGUCGGCGUUCUACUGAGUAGUCCAGUUAAGGGUCCAACAACCCCCGAAGAAAUAUUGGCUAGCAAUUACAAAGUCUGCUUUGAUGAUGUUGCGUACCAUAAAAUAAUGUUUCGUGAGAAAAAGAAGCCCAUCAUAGAGAAGAUGUACAUUAAGAAAGUGCUAGGUCAGAAACGUGGUCCCAAGGACUUGCCUACGUACGCUUUGAUCAACUACGCCAUCCCCUUUAUCAAAUCCGGAGAUUGGGCCUUCCACUGCGAACUCACGGAAGCUUAUACAGAAAUCGCAAAACACUUUGAUGCUUCUGAAAUCUGCGAUCUCAGAAUUGUUACAGGACUCAUGGUCAGAGAGUACGUUGAAGCCAUUCUACCUAAGCUCAGCCAGUACCGAGAAAUGAUGAAGAUUGGUUUUAUGAGACUCCAGGAAGUGGGACUCGUUAAGAGAGCUCUGACUAUUUACAGGAAAGAAAAGCCUGAGUGCACAUCCGGAAUAACUGUUUUUGCUGUGGGAUUUCAGGCAGUCUCAUCUGCAUUUUACGUCUUGAUUUUUGGAAUGAUUACCUCAAUUUUUAUAUUGAUUGGAGAAAUUUUGUGGAAAAGAUAUUCUUCGCGCCAAAAAUCUGUUUCUCAGAAAUGGGUCAAACCGAUUAAACCUCUUAAACCUUUUAAACGGUUUUGAAGAAUUUAA